GAAUUUCUCCUAAAAGUAUUAUUUUGGUGUUAAAAAACUCAUUUUUUUAAUCCGAAUCAUUGGAUAAGUCAGUUUCUAUGCUUCAGAAGCAGCUCUCUACUACACAUAGCUCUCAACAGAUUCUGGAUGCCACAUCAACCAAUUCUUCAACAGAAGGAAACCAAAGGAAGAAAGUUUUCAUGGUUAUUGGUAUCAAUACUGCAUUUAGCAGUAGAAAACGUCGUAAUUCGCUUAGAGAGACUUGGAUGCCUCAGGGGGAAAAGCUUGAGAAAUUAGAAAAAGAGAAAGGAAUUGUCUACGGGCUACCAACUGAUCGAAUUUACUCUACCUAUUUUGAGGGUGAUGUGAAAGCUGGUCUUCAACCUGAUAAUGAAGCUGGAGAUAUAUGGCUUAAAUUUCUUCCAUCUGGACGAGUUAUGCCCUUUGAUUGCAAAGACAACUUCUGGGAAAUGGGAGACACUGGUCCAUGUGGACCUUGUACUGAAAUACAUUAUGACCGUGAUGCUGCAUCCUUAGUUAACAAGGAUGAUCCAACUUGCUUAGAAAUAUGGAAUCUUGUCUUUAUUCAGUUUAACAACUCUGGAAAAGUUGGUGCUGACGAUGUUGACAGAGUUGGCACGGCAUAUAGAGUGGUCGCUGAUCCUAUUAGAACUCUAUCAAUUGCUAUUGUGAAUGGAUCUCGGCCUGGUAGCGAGGGUCUUCAACAUGAUCUGAGGAGUAUUCUUCGUGGAGCGGUUCGAUAUGGAAAAGAUAUUUUAAAAGCCGAGGAAGGGUAUUUCAACGCUGUUCUGUACCCAGGGACGCGCCCUACUGUCAUAAGGAUCCGUUUUAAGUUCUUUCUAGCGACGCUGCUUCAUUGGCUGGUCUCCGUCGUGUUUGAGAUUGCUUUCAAUCUCCGGACGGAGCUUCUCUGGGUGAUUUGCGGUGGUUGUUUCUUUCAAUUGAUGAAUUGGGUGGUUCGUUCUUGGAUUUAUCGUGACCCUCUCUUUGUUAAUACCUCUGUCUCGCUUUUGCACUCAAUUAUCACCUCUGCAUCAGUGGUUUUCAUUCUGCUCAAUCAAUGCUUAGCCAAAGGUUUAGACGAGAUGUUCGAUCAUUCUGAGUUGUGGGAUAUGCUUCAGUACCGGUUAUACAGCGGCUUAAUACCUUCCAUUGUGGUUCACCACCUCAUCCUCCUCGUUUGCUUCACAUUGGCUCUAUACCGAAAUGUAACCAUCAACUACCUGAUUCUUACUCUCAUUUGUGAGAUGCAUUCGAUCUUUCUACACGUGAGGAAGCUAAGGAGAAUGGCGGGAAUCCGAGACAGCAACACAGCAUUGGUGAAACUAGAGUGGGUACUAAACUGGACAGCAUUUGUGUUUGCGAGGUGCAUUCCUCACAUUCUCAUCAGUGUCAAGCUGAUCAAAGAUGCACACAAGUUUGGGAAAGGCCUGGAGUUACCGAUGCUAUGGUUUGUUUGUUGUAUGACUAGUGCCCACACAUCUCUUGUUUUAUAUCUGAGGCUUUGCUACUAAGUUCUAAUAGCUUUCAGAUUUGUAUGUAUCUAUAGAAAAACUAUAUGUAGAUGUUUUUUGUUGAUGAUUACAGAGUUUUUUUCUUCUUGGGUUUUGGAAAACCGUACCAAACUAGAAUUUUGGUUCGGCUUGAAGACUCGAUCUUGGUUUGGUUUAGUAUAUUGCUUCUACUUGUUACACUAUCUAAAUCUUUUUCUUGCUUGUCUUGUCUAAUGCGUUCAGGUUAAAUGGCUAACAAUCAUACUUGUACUUAUAAUCUAAGAAAUUGUUUGUUUUAUC